UUCUAUUUUUGUUUUUACAGAAACCAAAGAAAGCUCUUCAAUGUGGCUACCUCUUUGUUGCUCCAGGCAUCGACUUUGACAACCCAAUGUCCAGGAACAGGAAAUGGCAGAGACGGUGUUUCAUCCUCUAUGAGAAUGGAGAACUUUGCUACUCACUGGACUACGAUCCCAACACGAUACCACAGGGCGUGGUCAACAUGUAUCAAUGCACCAAGGUAUUCAACGCAGACAAGCUCACCGGACACAACUUCUCCAUGGGCAUCGUCGCGUCCGAAGAGACCACUUACGUCCGGGCGGAGACCAGGGAGGAGAAAGAUAAUUGGUACGAGACCCUCAUCGAGUACCCAGAUAUCAACAAGGAGGCCGAGAGACAGAAGAAGAAGAAACGAGGUGUCUUCCCAAUGCUAGCAAAGGAUUCAGAGAAGCCCCAGAGGAUAGAGGAUGAGCAAGCGGAGGCCAAACCCGACGUCCCACCGUCCAGUGAAGACCCCUUAUCUGAGAUCGAGAGCUUAGAGCGAGAGGAUGAGCUCGGAACGGACAUCCCCUUGACCACUGCCAGAGACACGACCGACAUCUCCACUGCCUCCAGCAGAGCUGCCAGGAAAGAGAAGUUAAACCUCCGAAGAUCGCACAGCGCCCUCGAGCAUCGUCCAGAGAAGUACGACAAGAAACAGACGGUCAGAAGGACACCCUCAGCGCAGACGCCGUCGACCACCUCUACAGAAACAUCUUACUCAUCAGCCAAGAAGGACAGGGAGGAGAGGUUGAAUCGGCGUCACACGACAACGGGUAGGUCAGAGGUCAGGGAUGCGCUUGGGAGCGAUGAGCAGGAGGUCUCUGGGAAAGGCGAUGCGUCGUCAUCAUCAAGGAGACCGGUAUCGUCGGACGGGUCCAGCUCUAAGAAUUCAGGUAUGCGCAGUAGACACUCGGAAUCUGCCCUUUCAGAGUUGGAAGCCGAACUCAAAGGCCAGGCCGACUCUGUUCUCCCAUCACACCGGGAUUCCCUUCCCGCUCAGGCCAAUAGCUCAGAACCUUUAUUACACAGGAACAAUAACAACGUUUACAAUAAGGACGUUUCACCCAGGUUGUCUCCUACGCAACAGACAACAACGGCAUCCUCCUCCCGCAAGUCCAGUAUCAGUGACCGGAGCGUUUCACCAUCAGACUCUCAAUCGACCACCGACUCGUCGCAAACGAAGAAAUCGCAGCCGCCGUCCAAAGCAGACACGAACUCUCAGAACCUGCUGUCGCAGGAAGAGCUACAGCGCUUGGACGUUCCCAAGAGGGCGCGCUUGAAAAUGAAUAAGGCGUUGAUCGAAGGGGGAGAGACGCAGUCGCCCAGCAAGAGAACGAUAGAGAGGAGACGUCAUCAACAGGAGAGACGGAAUAGGCACACGCUGGACGGCAGCUCUGUGCCGUUCCCGAUUUCAGAGAGGAAAAGUACACCAGAGGGUAUGCCCAGGUUAAAACGGAGCAGCUCGGAUCCCAAUCUCGCGGACAAUGAAGACUUGAAGCGCAAGGAGAUUGCGGAAACCUUUCCGGGUCUGUUGCAUCUCAAGAAUGGAUGGCUCAUGAAGAGAGAUUCAGAACAAGAGGAUUGGAACAAAUACUGGUUCGUACUUCGAGACAACAAACUCAGCCACUUCAAAGAUUCAAGCGAUGAAAAUCCAAGCAAUCUGGCCGGAGCUGUGGACUUGGCACAGUGCAAGGAAGCAACUGAAACGUCCGCUAGCAGAAACUAUGGCUUCCAGGUCAAGAUGGAAGACGAUUCUGUCCAUCAACUGGGGGCAAUGACCAGCAAGAUCCGCACCAACUGGAUUCAAGCAAUAAACAAAGCUAUCACGACCGCCCAGAAAGAAGCAAGUCCUGUUGUCCCGGAGAAGGAACCCGUCCUGGAGAAGGAACCCGUCAACCUUGUUCAAGUCGACGCUGCUCCCGUCGCGCCGCAAGAAAAGUCAACGCUGAUCUUGCUGGAGAAGCCUCCGCCCAUUCCUCAACCAACGUCUACUCCAGACGUCAUCCCCACUCCUCUCCCUAAACAGGACUUUAUCGAUGCCCCAAGGUCCAACCUCACGAUAGACCUAACGUCCAGGCAUCGGAAGAGCAGUUUGGACAGUCGAAUCAGUGAAACCUCCAGCCCCACUGAAAGAGAGCCAGCCUUCCAAGAACGACCGGGAUCGAUGCGAUCUAAAGAGAGACGCUCGCGGAGAUCGUCGAGAGGGGACGACUUUAAACUGCAAAAGAGUUCAUCCAAGUCUUCCAUGAAUGGUCGGUCAUCGUCGACGUCGAGUGAAGUGUUUGAGACGCCUCCGAGUACCCCGACGCCCACUGAACUCAGGAUAGAGGAGCCGCCUGUGAGGAGGACAUCAUCAACAUCAACCAGAAGUGAACGGACCUUCAGGGCAGAGUCUCCCAUCCAAAUUCAGAAAAUUGAGGCGGACAGUUUGAAAUCUCAGAUCGACCACCAGCAGCAGGGUGACAGCAUACCGAUCGAGAACAGCCUGCCACGGAAGAGCUUUGACACGUACCAGAGACAACCCUCACUGGACAAUGAGAAUGAACAGAAGGCCCUCGUCUCACAGCUUGAGACAGUGGUGAAGAAACUAAGUCAGGUGGAACUGCAGAACCAGACCCUUCACAUGGAAGUCAAGCAGGCACGCAACGCCAGCGAACUCGUCAAACAUGAGAAGGAAGAGCUACACGACAAGCUCGAGACGGCGGCAGGAGUACUGGAUAAGAGAUCCAAGGAGUGCGAGACCAUCCAGUCCCGCUUCGAGAAGCUCGUCUCGGACUACCAGGAGAGCGAGAAGGAACUGAGCAAGGCCCGGUCCUCGUUGAAGACGGAGAGGGACAAAGCUGUGACGAUGAUCGAGAGACUGAAUCAGCAGAUUGAGAUCGUAGAAGGGGAGAAGAAGGAGUACAGGGAGAGGGCUAAGAAGUGGGAAGGUGAAAUGUCCGCACAGGGCAAAACCAUGAGGCAGCUGGAAAAGAAUCAGGAAGAAUCUCAGGAAAUUAUCAAGAAGCUUUUAGCCCAGAGGGAAGGCUACAAGCAGAGGUUAGAAGCCAAAGGAGGAGAAGAUGCUACAGGGAAUAAAGAAUAUAUACUCAAGCUGGAGAGGCACCAACAAGAACUGCAGGGUGUGAACAUACAGCUCCAGACCAGACUACAGGACACCGAGCGAGAGCUGCAAGCCAGGUCUCAAGAAACCCCUCUAAGAUUAGAUUCAGAGAGUGAGCUUGAAACCGAGCUUGCAGACAUGAGGAUGGAACUGUCUGAGCGAGAUGAGCAGAUUGAACAACUCAGUGAACAGCUGGAGGCUGAAUUUUCAGAAAAAUCUGUGCUGCAGAAGAAGUAUGACGGCCUUCUCACCGAGUCUGCAGAGUUUUAUCUUGAAGGGCAGGGUGAUAAAGCCCCAGCGCAGUCUGCAGGUGAUGUGGACUUAGAAAACAGACUUAAAGAGGCAACGGCAAAACUGGAAAGCCUGAAGAUACAGCUGACCAAAGAGGCCACGUUAAGACUGCAGUCGGAGGAUAAGUUGAGCGGGGAGGCAUCUGCGAGACGGGGGCUGGAAGAACAUAUGCAGGGAAUGGCAGAGCAGCUCAGGGUUGCCACCGAAGAAAAGCACCACACAUCUCAAAUCCAUGAGGACACUAAGAACUUGAUGGAACUGCUGCAAGGGAAGAACAAAGAUGUUGAGAGACUGCAGAUUGAGAUGAAGAGAAUGGAUGCAGAUAGGAUAUCCUUGAUGGAACAGACUGGCAGGGACCAAGCAAGUGUGGAUGUACUUAAACAGCAGCUGAAAGAAUCUGAGGAAGCAAAAUCAACACUGGAAGGAGACUUUGAUUGUGUGCUACACAGUAAAGUUGACUUGGAAGAGUCAGCUAAACAACUAACAACAGAACUGGCCACUGUCAAGUCUGAGCUAGAAUUGCUUAGAGAAGCCUCGAAGAAUGCUAGCAGUACUGAAUCAGAAGAAGAAGCCAAGAAGGAGGCUGCCAGGAAGGAAGUUCAGCUAUUGCAGGCUCAGGUUGAGAAGGUUCAAAGCAUGUACACAGAAGAUAUGUUUAAGAAGGAGCAGCUCCUAGCUGAAAAGCAUGAAAUGUGUUCAGAACUGGAGAGGAGAUUUGUAAAUCUACAGUCCAAGCUGACUCAGAAGGAGGAGGCGCUAGCCAAGAGUGACCGGGAAUCGGGUGAGAAGAUGCUUGAGGUGACGCAACAGAUGGAACAACUGGGACAGAAGGUUGAGAGGGGCGACAGGGAGCUUAAGCGGUUGAGACACGAGCUUAAGUCUUCCCAGGAUAACUAUGAUGCUUUGGAGCUGAAGCAUAUGCAGAAUGUUGAGGAAGCUAAGCAGCAGCAGAAGAGCCAGCAGGAACAGCUCGAGCUGAUGGGUAGGCGCAUCCAAGACCUGACUAGCAAGCUGGGCCUGGCAGAACGCAAGCUUGCAGGGGCGAUUGCCACUGCUGGUAAGACAACAGAGACUUCAGACACUUCUGAGAGCUCAGACUGCCCAUCCAGUGAUGGUACAGAUGGAGGCUCCAAGAUUAAGAUCCUGGAGUCGCGUCUUGCGGAGAUGGAGAAGAAACUUAAGCAGGUGACCCAUCGUUUGGUGGAUGUAACUACCAGGGAGCUUGAAAAGCGCAAAGCUUACCAGGCCAAAUGCAUAAGCGAGAAUAGGCUCAAGGAUCAGGUACGGGGGCUGCAACGAGAAGUGCUCGCCCUCAGGCAACAAACAGAGAAGGACCAGCUGAACGAGGAGCUGCUUCAGGCGCAGCAGAGGAACCACGCCCAGCUGGUGGAGGAGAUGGAGAGGAAGCAUCGGAAGGAGAUGGAAGAUAAGGAAGCAGAGAUGAAGCUGGAGAAGGAGAAGGAAGACGUGUCCGUCACCACCGCAAUAUCAGUAUUAAAGAAGGCUUAUGAGGAGGAGCUUGAGAAGGAGAAACGCAUGUCACAGGAGUCCUAUCCAAAGGACGUCGAGACCAUCAUGAAGAGGCACAGGGAGGUGGUGACGCAGAUGAACCGGGACUGGGUCAUCCUCUCCACCAAGUUCUCUGAGCAGUGCAAGGAGAACACGAUGCUGAGCAAGGCCCUGCGCGCCAUGCAGCGCUCUCAGAAGGAGGCCCACGAGAAGCUCCAGCGGGCCCAGGUGGAGAACAGGAAGAGGGUCGCCUCGCUAGGGGAGGAGCUGGAGAGGAUGGAGGAGGAUGAGGAGGAGGAUGACGAGGAAGAGGAGGAGGAAGAGGACGAUGCGGAGAAAGAGAAGAAAGUCAAGGUGCUAGAGAUGAAUCUAAGAUUACGAGAGCUGGAGCUGGAGUUUGCCCGGGAUCAGAUAGAGACGCUGAGGCAGACUGCAGAGGGCGACACAGCAGCAGGAGCAAGCCACAGGAGGACGACGGGGGAGGAGUACGACAAAACAGGAGCUGGAGAGAAACCUCGCCGGAGCUCCUCCGUCACAACUCAACCAGAGUCUGAUGGUGCCACUAGACCAAAGAACCGAAGGAGUCUUUCAGAUUUAACACAUAUGUUCCACAAAUCAAAGAAAGGAGAGAAGAAGUAACCUAACCCAAAGGGAGAAGCAGUGUCGUUCUUCCUUCUUGAUAUCAACGAAAGUAGUCCUGAUCAUCCCAGGCUUGAGAGACGAAAACAUUUGAGUGGGUUGACUGCUGAAUUAAGAGCAAUCUAUUUACUAGUAUUUAUUGAACAUUUGCUCUUAAUCCGGCAUCUACCCACCUCGAUGAGAAUGAUUACUCCCAGCAGAGCAGCUCUAAUCCCAGGCUUAACGGAGGAACAUUGAUGCACCCCUACGAUACACCUCUGGGUGAUCUUCCACCUCGCUUUGCCCCUGUAGAAUGACUUCCUUACUGGACUUUACAGAGGGGAACACUCGUGCACCCCUGCUUGCACUACAUGUCAGAAUGAAGCCCCCUGUCGAUACCUGUCAAGUUAAUCUUCCAGCUCAGUUAUUCACUGUGUACCUUGUUGUCAGGCUCAGGAGGGUAGCGCUGAUCUACCCCCGAUGCACCCCUGCUUGGAGUCCAUGUCCAGAAUGAUGUCCCUCUGCAAAGCUCUUCUGGUUUAUCAUCCAACUAGAUAAACUCCUGUCUAACCUGUUAUUAGGCUUAGCAGGGGAACACCAGUGCACCCCUGCUUGCACCCUGUCUUUAGAAUGACGCCCCUCUACUAUACCCCUGCAGUUCAUUUUUUCAAGUAAAGCUCCUCCAUAGAACAGCUCAGGUACCAGGCUCAGAAGGGGGACCAUCAAUGCACCCCUUCCAGCAUUCUUUAUUCAGAGAGAAGCCUCCUUUCGGUCUACAUCCAGCCCACCUUGCAGCCCCGCGUUGCAAGACUAUGGAGAAUCUCUAUCAGCCUUUAAUGUUUCUAUUUGAGUGCCAAGCCAACUAAAAAUACGAAUACCAACUGCCAAGAACAGAUUGUUUCACUGAUUUUCCAUGUACACGUGUGUAUACAGGAGUCAUCUGUGUCGCCUUGUCACCCAAGUUUGACUUUGAACCGUCAUUGAAUGCCUCUGUUUGAUAUACCUAUGAUUUGUCUGCCAUGAUAUACUUAUUCAUCAGCAAUUAUUUCUACUGUGUAUUUCUGUCGUAGCCUCUGAAAGAAAGUGUUCAUAUAGCUUUAUCAACCAGCAGUAUUCAUUUUUAGAAGCUGGACAAUAUGACAGUGGCAUGCUCCUGUUAAACUAAUCUACAUGUAUAUUGGAGUCAUAGUAAAACAGCUUCUUUUAUUUUAGGGGGGGGGGAGGUCUCUUUCAUCCUUCCACUUUGUUGUUAUGAAAUCAGUCCGUAGAAUAACCAACCUCUUUGUUAUGGUUCUGUAUAUAUCAUAUAUCCAUCAUCCCUAUAAUUUUGUAUCUCUGCAAACUUUCAGUUGGAAGAUAGAUAGAUGAAAAAGAUGCUAACCUCAACAUUUUGUUCAAAUUAUCCAGUUUCCAUAUUCCUAUUUCAAAUUGACUUUUAUGUUAUCUCGUCACACUUGUGUAUAAGAAAAGAAAUUAAUUUUGUAUUCGCUUUGAUGAAAUACAUUUAUUUGGAUAUGCUUAUACCGAAAUUGUUUAUACUUUGUAUCCUGGCAAUGUCAUUUGCCGUAUACAUUCUGUUGAUAAAACUCACAUAAUUCAAUCCUUAAGUUUUUGUUGUACAAAAUAUUUAAAGAAUUUAUGACCAAACAAAAUAGCAUGUUACCUGUUUAUAAUUUCAAAGCAUUGUCUAAUCCAAUAUUAGGUACUUGUCUUAGUGUUAUAAUCUUUGACUUAUACUUCCUUAUGCAUUGAUAAUGUAGAUAAACGUAUAAUACCUAUAUUAACCUCUUGUUACUAGGCACCACUUUAUAACGGUUCUCUACGACACGUCCUAACCAAUACAGAGGUAAGAAUUCAAGAGUGUGCUUCUAUCUGUUGUUUAUUUUGUUUACUUGAAGACAAUGAUUGUACAUACGUGAAUAAUUUCACUGACAAGCCAAUUUGACAACCCCCCCCCCCCCCCUCAUGCAAAUACCUCACUCUCGUACUGCCUCUUGCCUGUAUCGAUCAAAAAAUUUCUCAUUUGCGCCGCGGAUGCCGAAUCCGUUCCUCGUGGAGUUUGCGCCUUCAGAUAGUCAAAUAUACGCCCGAGCAGCUCGUAAUAAUCAUAUUUAUUUAUUGCAUGUGAUGUUGCUAUGUAGAUUGUCUUAUCAGACCCUUGGUCCUCGGAUCCUGUUUAGAGUUCAACGUCUUCUUGAAUGACCUUAGAAUAUGCUGCAUGAUGUUGGCAAAAUGAUAUUGUGGAAGGUGAAAUAUUAACUUUGCUUAAAAACACUAUAUUUUGAAGAAGAGAGUAUGUUUUUUAUGUUUUUUGCAACCCACCAAACCUAUUACUUACUUUUACGAAUGUAGUAAUGCAUUUUUAAUUUCUUUCCAAAAAAAUUCAUUGUAUAUUAUUAAUUUUGGAUAAACUUUGUAUGUUAUGUCCUUUGUGACUUUUUGAAAGAUAUUAUUCUAUGAAUUUGAAAAAAUGUGAAAUGUUAACAUGAUAUUUUUUUUUUAAACUGUUUUGUUUAAAAAAGAAUUUGAGUUUUGUAUAAGGAAAUCAACUUACCAUAAAUGCAAGGCAUAAUUUAUCAACUAAUUUCAUUAUGUUUUCGUGACCAAACAAGUUCCGAGAUAUAUUCCAAAAGCUAUUCCAUUUUUUUGACACUUGUGGCCAUCUAGACUAUAGACUAACUACAAUAGAUAUUUCUAUAAGCAAGAUAUUAUGUUAUUUUAAACAAAUGUUUACCUUAUUCAUAUUAUUGUUUCCAUCUUCCCAUUAUGUAGGGAUUUCAUAUCAUGCUUUGUUGAAUAUCGUCCUACUUGAUUUUAUGUUAUGUUGUGCUAAUUUUUGCAUGUUAACAAAGAAAGAUUUUUUUAAAUGUCGAUAUAUUGACUGAUAUAUGAAUUGGAAGCGGAAUAGAAUAGUUUUCUUAUACAGGAUUCAUUUUUAUUAUGAUAUCAUUAGAUAGACCUCCAAACUGACAAACAUUUUUUCUAGAUGACAGUUACAACAAUUACAACUGAAUAAGCUUAACUUUGGUUCAUUAUAUUUUCAUAUAUUGUUUUAAAUUGAACAUUAUUUUUUAAAGUAAUCUUGUAACCUCAAUACACAAUUGUGUUUUAAAAGGCACACGCUGUUCUGUGUCUAAAACUCAAUUUUUGUUUUUCCUUCUAAAUUAAGUUUUCCCAAUACAUGUGCAAAAUUAUUAUGAAAUUUUGGUAUGAUCCAAGUGGGGGAAGUCCCUCGACCGAACACUCCAUCAGACCCUUAUUGGAGAGAUGUCUAAUUUUUGACAAUUUCUAUGCACUUCGUUUUUCUUCUGGAGUGUUGAUGCUAAUCAGAUGCUCUGAAGUACAUACUUUAAGAAUCAAAUUAUUUGAAUUUAAAUGUAACUUCCCAGUUGUAUAAUAACAGGCAAUAUACUGCUUCCAGAUCGACAACACAAUAAGUACGGUUGUCAUUUUCUAAGCGCGCCAUUGAGUAUAUUUUCUCGCAAAGUGUUUUCUACUCUGUGCUUUCAAAGUGUAAACAAUUCAAUUUAAAGCAAUCUUUGUAAAUACUUAAAACGAUAGCAUUCUUGCAUUUCGUGUUGCGAGAAUAGAGCGUGAGAGAAAAAGAGGGAGCAAGAGAGAGAGAGAUGGAUAUAUCGAGAUUUACAAGAUAAUGUAAGAUUAUUAUUAUGAUUAAUAUUCAACUAGGCACAGACUCAUUUUGUUAUGUAGUGAACGUCGACUUCAUCUUCGGAGUAAGCCUUCCUGACUUCAGUGUUAAUAAGUGAACCACAUUUAAUAGUGGCAUGUGUAUGUAUAUAUCUAAAAUCUUCCUUCUCUAAUACCAGCCAAUUCCUGUUUCCCUUCUUUGUAAAGCUCAUCUAUUUAUUUGUAGUGGGAAUAUCAUAUGUAUUUUGUAGUUGACGCUCAUCAUUUACAGACAGAUUUAUUUUAUAAGCAAGCAAGAUCAGUAUUUUACUCUUUUUUUUUAUCAUUCAUUCAUGCAGACUGUCUUUGUGUAUUAUGUUAUACAAUGGUGACCUUCAACCUGUGUCUAUGACCUCCAUUUUGAGGUCGCUUUCAAGGAAAGGGUCAGUGAAAAGGGUUAGAGUUGGGAGAGAGAAGGAUUUAUUGAAUGUUAUUUGUAUCUUGUAGGUAUAUGAGUGUGGAUACAUCCAUUCGUGUUUGUAAUUAUGUUUUCUCGACACAGAUCAAAAAACAAGUUUCAGACAUUAUAUGUUAUAACAUGUAUUCUUUAUGAUAGUAUUAAUAAAUUUACAUCAAUAUUAUAAAA